AUGGGCCCCUAUACCGCCUCCUCAUGCUGCUGCCAGGCCCCUAAUCUGCCAUGGGCCCCUAUACCGCCUCCUCAUGCUGCUGCCAGGUCCAGAGUCUCUCAUGGGUCCCUAUACGGCCUCCCAUUGCUGCUGUCUCCAUCGCCACACUCUGCCAUGUGCCACUUUCAGGUCUCCUCACACUGCUGGUGUGUUCCAUUUUUUGUCAUAGGGUGCUGGCAGAUUACGGGCCUCCCAUAGCUGCUGCCAGGCCCCUAAUCUGCCAUGGGCCCCCGUUCCAACUCCUCAUGCUGCUGCCAGGCCCGUAAUCUGUCAUGGGCCCCUGUACCGCCUCCUCAUGCUGCUGCCAGGUCCAGAGUGUGUCAUGGGUCCCUGUACGGCCUCCCAUUGCUGCUGUCUCCAUCGCCACACUCUGCCAUGUGCCACUUUCAGGUCUCCUCACACUGCUGGUGGUUUCCAUUUUUGUCAUAGGGUGCUGUA